AUGAGAUCUUACCUCAUUAUCUUGAAGCACUCAAAAGGGAAAAUCCGAGGACUGUCUACGAAGUAUCUUCGGACCCCGUUGAGGGCGGAGAACAGCGGUUCACCGGCGUAUUUUGGGCAUUUGGGCCCUGUAUUAAGGGGUUUCGAUAUUGCCGUCCUCUUCUUAGCAUAUGGAACCCACUUAUAUGGUAAAUACAAAGGCGUUUUGCUUGUUGCAAUCAGAGUUGACGCGGAUGGCGGAUUGUUUCCUUUAGCAUUUGCAGUGGUUGAUGUUGAAAACACAGAUAAUUGGGCUUGGUUUUUUGCAUGCAUUAGAUAUCAUAUCCCUAGUGUAGGGACGCGACCGAUUACAUUCAUAUCCGAUAGGAUGAAAGGAAUUCCAAGAGCACUCCAACGACAUUUCCCGCCACCACAUGCACAUCGCUAUUGCUUGCGACAUAUUAGAGACAACUUCAAAAAGAAGUAUGGAAAUGCUCAGGUUCAAGACUUACUUUGGCAAGCCGGUUGUGCAACAGUAAAAUAUGUUUAUGAACAAAUACGAGAGAGGAUUAAGUUCAUUUCACGAGCUGCAUAUGAUUGGAUCGAAAUUAGUUUGGGUCCAAACAAUGUUGAUAAGUGGGCUUUAUGUGAGGAUGGCGGCAAACGGUUCUGUAUGAUGACUAUGAACGCGUCUGAGAGCUUCAAUGGCGUGCUCAAGGGAGCACGCGGCAUGCCAAUACAGGAACUAGUUGCUAAAACUUUUUACAGGCUUAAUAAAUUCUUUCUCCGACGUCGAGAACUUGGUGAAAAUAUGCGCUCCCAGCUAACACCGAAGGUUGAUGAAAUGCUAGCGGCUCGGAUUGUACAAGCUCGGUCCUUUCAGGUCGUACGAUACAGUUUUAAUGAAUGGGAGGUUAUUGAGGGAAUAACCCAUAGAGAAAGUCGCUCUUACAAAGUCAAUAUGUUGGUGGAUCACACUAGUACAUGCACUUGCAAUGUACCGCAACUACAAUGUAUUCCUUGUUCACAUAUUGUAGCAGCUUGCUCCGAUCUACAGGGUGGUGCUCGAAUUUCACAUUAUGAAUCUAUCGUGGCUUGGUAUUCUGCAUACAACUAUUAA